AUGCCUCCUCGUCGUCGCGCAGCAAAUACAGGGCAGUCGACUCUGUCGUUCGGCUCUCAGGCCCGAGUCACCAAACCAGUGACAGCACCCCAGGCCAAGACUAACACCCUCGACUCGCCUCGAACCAAGUCCCCUGCAACCCCGGAACCCCAACUCACCGACGUACCGGAAACUUCCAAACCCCAUGUUGCGGAACUAGUAGUGCGCCAACAGGCCAAAGCCGAGGUUGAAGCACCGCACACAGAAGAAGACAAGAGGGCGCUGCAGCUGAACAAGCAAGAUAUCUGGCGGUACUGGCGGGCACAGGAUGAGAAUCGCCUGGCACCUCCUGCACACCAAGAGGACCUGGACAUGGAAGAGAAGAUUCUCAGGCAUUUUGAUCUCUCAAGUCAAUAUGGGCCCUGCAUUGGAAUCGCCCGAGUCAAGCGCUGGCGCCGCGCCAACAAGCUGAAUCUCAACCCUCCCAUUGAGGUUCUUGCGGUUCUCUUGAAAGGCAAGGAUACGAAACAGCGAGCAUACGUCGACGAGCUGCUUUCAUGA